UCUAUGAUUUAUUAAGUAAUGGCGUUAUGUUCAUGUGAUCGUGAGUCGAAAUUACACGUAAAAAAUCCCUUUAUAUUACAUUUUCAUGUGAAAUCCUCAGUUAAUUUUGCGAAACAGUACAAGUUAAGCAACCCCAAUAAUGCCUGCAUUUACUUUACUUCUGCGUUUACUAUUCAAAACUGGUAUUUCAAGAAUUUAGCAAUGGAUUCUGGUGGAUUUUCGCGGCAAAUUACAGGAUCAUCUUCUACAAAUACACCCUCAGAUGCCCAGAUUUCUGCAACUGCUACUGGAAAUUCGAGCAAUCAGACAACAACAGUUAAUGUGUUGGAUUUUUCUCAUGGAGAACGAGAAUUGGUAAUACCUGCAUCAAGUUCUGGAAACAGACAGAUUAAUCCAACAACCUCGAUCAGGGUCAGAGAUACCGUACCUAACCAAGCUGAGGAACCAAGUGGAGAACGAGAAUUGGUAAUACCUGCAUCAAGUUCUGGAAACAGACAGAUUAAUCCAACAACCUCGGUCAGGAACAGAGAUACCUUACCUAAUGAAGCUCGGGAACCAAGGAUCUCCUAUUUUGGACCGAACAAGAAGUUGGAUAAAAUCUACGCUGAUUGGAUUGGAGAGAUGAGGAAAAAUUAAAAAUGGCGGUUUUGAAGAUUUGAAAACAGUAUAUAAUAAACAGGGUUGAGAAAUACAGUUAGUGAAAAGUGCAGUAUAAUAUACAAGAUUACAUGAGCUUUUUUCAACAAUGAGAUUGAAGCUGUAGAAGUUUAUUAGAUUUCAUUCAAGUUUUUGUUAGUAGUAUUCGGAUUAUUGAACUGUGUAGAUGUUUGUUCUGCAAUGGUAUUAGAAAUACAAAGUACAUUAAAUAUGCACAUACCAUUUUGAGAUAGUUCUUCCCAAUACAGAGGAAAUUAAUCUGAUUA